AGUCAGGUUUAUUUUUCAGGCGAGCUACAUUCUGUUUGACUUCUUUUGAGUUAGCUGCUAUCAUGGCGCUUAAAGGUGUUGUAUCAGGCGUAGCUAUUUUGAGUGCGGUAUUACUGUCGUCUUGUGGAGCGUACAGGCUGAACAAUGAAGAAACUGAUAGGGAGUAUUUGAAGCGUGAACUUGAUGAGUUGGAGUAUGAAAUGGAAGUAAAGAGUUUGUACUCAGAGUUACUGUCACUAUUUAAUGGCAUAAGCACUACUAAGUAUCCAACGACAAUGGCUCCAACGACAAUGGCACCAACGACUCCCAAGUCAUCUGCCAACGACAACUACAUUCAACAUAUCGUCAAUUGUUUCAAGUCGUAUCGGUACGCAACUACACACGGACUAUCGGAACGUGAUUACAUAUAUAACAUUGUGGUUGUCCAAUGCAUGAGUGAUCCAAAAGUCGAUAGGCUCGUCAAGAUGUUAACUGCAUAUCACAAACUCAUUAACGAAGACACAAAAAAAUAUGAUGCUUACGACGUUGUCGAGUGGUUGUUUGAAAUUUUUAAUGAUGAGAAAGAGAAUAAAGGAGAAGAAUCUGACAGUAAAGAAGAAACUGAGAGUAAAGAAGAAACUGACGUAAAAGUAGAAACGACAACAAUCAUUGAACCGAAUCCAACUACCCCCGAGUCGGAGCCCACGACUUCUGAACAUGAACUGACAACUUCUGUGCCAAAUCAAACGACCGAUGGACCAAGGUGGACAACUGCUGAAGUCCAGCAAACAAAUGCCAAAGUGGUAACUACGUCAUCUUUCACAAACGAAAUCGAAGAUAAUGACGAGGAGGCAGUGAAGGAACUACUACUGCAACGUGUACUGAUGUUGUUAAAGAAGGAAAAAAUUGAAGGCAAAGCUUCUACCCUCCGUUGAGGCCUACGCUGUUACUAUAACAAUUAAAUUUGCAAUGUUAGAGGGAAUUAGGAAGGCGUAUACUAAUUGAACAAUUAUAAUUUAACACAAUUAUGAUAAUCGAAACAAACAAAACGUAUUCCAUAUAUAAAGGGUAGUUGGACAAGAAGAACACCGAACAAGUAAAACAUAUAAUUUUGUUAUACGAUUUCAUAUAAUGUUUUUCAAUUUUCCUUAGGGGCCUAACAAGAAACCGGUAAAUUCCUUGAAUUGAAAUCCUUGAUAAUUGAACCAAAAUUAUUUUUUAAUUGGUGGGUGUUUUUUUUUUUUUUUUUUUAUUAUUUAUUACAUCCCUUUUGGUUUAAUUAUCAAGAAUUUCAGUUAAAGAAAUUUACCUAUUCCUUUAAGGGAAUUUGAGAAAAAUUCUAUUCGUUUACACAAAUCCGAAUUGGAUUGGAACUUUUUAUACUAUUUUUAAGACAUUGCGAGUUUCCCUAAGUUCACUUAUAUAAUAUUGACGUGUAACAUAUACAUUUAUAGGCCUAUAUAUAAAACUUAUAAAUGUAACAAAUAGUUAUACUGUAUAAAAAAAUAAUAAAUCGUGCAUCUAAGUUUAGCAUAAUUCAUCUAGUCAAUAGCGUAACUUUCCUGCAAUUGUCUUUACUAUGUCAUUUAUUUUCGUGUCAUAAUGAAACGUAACAUAUGUCUAUCCAUCCAUGUGAUCACCAUAAUGGAAUAUGUAGUUGAAAAAGGCCUACUUGGUGGAGGGUUGUGAUAAUGGGAUAAGGGGAGUAGAUUAACCAUUUUCCCAGAAAGAGAAAGUUCUAUUUUGACCAAAUGGCUCAAAGAGUAUUGGUCACCUUACUUUCAAUAUAAUAAAACGAUACCUGAAAUAUGUA